ACCCAUACCCUUACCCUUACCUUUACAACAAACGUCAGCAUCAAGCCCGCGAAGACGAUAACUAUUAACAAAUCCAAUAAACACUGAUCAAACACUCACCAAAGCUUCUCAACAAUGGCGUCAAUCUAUACAUACAAAACCUUCUAUCUCUAAAUCAACCACCAUGUUUAUAACUUCCUUCAUUAAACACAAGUUAGCAUCUGCACUGCAACCAUGGCUGCUACAAGAACCGGAGUUGGAACUCAACCUAGGGUUUCUUCGCUCACACGUAAUCGCCAAAAACCUCCGUUUCAACGUUGCAGCACUCAACGAGACUCUAGAAGAUGCCAGCAGCUUCUGUUUUACUGAUUUCAGGAUCGAUCAAUUGAAGCUAAGGAUAGUCAAUUGGUCUGCUUCUGCAUUCAAUUGGGAGGUUAAGGGUUUAUACGUCACCGUGAGCCCUAGGGUGGUGGAGGGGAGGGAUUUGGAACUUUCGGAGGCGUUGAUGGAGGAGAAGAAGAAAGUUUUACGCGAAAUUGAUCCUGAGGGCAGUGCUUUGCAUGAUAUAAUGGGAAAGCUUGCCGAUAUUUCUUUGUCAGGAAGCCAGACGUCUUCUCUCUCUAAGCUUAUCCUGAAUUACUGCUCGUUACAGCUGUCUGAUAUCAAAUUACAAAUUCACCCAUCCAUCUCAGAUGACUCCUUUGAAUGCUUGUGGGAGAUAGCGGAGCUUAACGUAGACCCUCGACAAGUCAACCCUCAAAGUUUUCCUAGAGGGUACAUCAAUUCACUUUUUGUAUACUCCAACGACAGUUCUUUCGAUCUUGAAAUCCGAGGUCUAAACACAACAUUGAAAACCCAUGAUCGUAUCACCCAACUGUGUUUCGCAACCGACAUCAUCACUUCCUUGAAGAUGAAUGACUUUCAGUUGACCGAACUCCAUUGUUCCAUUGAGGAAUUAGGGUUUUCAUUUUCUCCAGCAGAUAUCUCAACUAUAGUAGUUAUUAUUCAAGAAUUAUCAAGAAAAUCACCACCCGUAAGAAACAGAAACGGUAAACAACUCUGGAAAGAAACCGCUACCAAAAUCAGGUCAUUGAUCUCAACACAAAGGUGGUCUAUGUGGAAAUUAGUUACUGUUGUUUGCUUAUGGUUGCGUUAUGUACACGCAUGGGAGAAUUUAUUUUCGCUGGUUGGAUAUCCUAUCAACAUCAUGAUAAAACGGUCCACGUUAAAUAUGGCUACGAACUCAUCGUUUUCAGAAUCUUUCACGCGCCAAUGGGAAGUAAUUACUGAAAUCGAGAAAGAAUUACCUGCUCCCGGUAUCGCACUAGCACGCCGAGUAGUUCAAUGCAGAAAUGCAAAAAAUGUAGUCCCGAGUGAAAACGAGCUCCCAGACCGUAAACAGUUACGGUAUUUUCAAAAUGCUUGGCGGUUAUUUUGUCUUAUAUGGACUACUAUCUGUUGCGUGUUUAACUCGAUACUACACUGGAUAUUGCUGAGAAAUUCUUUUGCCAGUGAUUGUAAUACGGAAAGGACCGGAGUUCUUCCAGAAGAUUCCUGCGCAAAUCUUUGUUACAGAUUAAAUUUCGGGAAAAUUUUAAUCACUGUUUCUCCCGAUAACACUGCUUCUGACAGGAAAGUUUCACACUUGGACCUACUAUCUUUCUGUUUAGUAUUUGAUGCGUUUAUCAUUAUAUACAACGACAAUAUCUGUGAGAAUCAUUUGAUCUUCUCUUGUGGGAGCUUCAAGGCUAUAUCGUCAUCUGCUAUAAAAGGACGCAAGAAGCCUGAAAUUCUAAAUUCGAAAACUAUAUUAUGGAGUAACCCUGUUCGUGUUUUUAACCAAAAAGGUACUGAAAUGGUCUCUCUCCCGCUUCUAGGAAGCCUUAUAAAGCAAAUGUGGUCGGAUUGGAAAAUAUCGCGUGCGGAAUUCGAGAUCGCUACGGAUAAAAACAUGGAAAACCCGUUCAUUCUCUGUGCCAUCAAGCGUUUGUUGGAAGAUCAGGGCCCCAUUUUUAAAUGUUGUUUGGCAGUGGGGCAAUUAGACUUAUUUUUAGAAUAUUCAGCAACGCUUUCGCUAACGCUGCUUUUUCAGCAGAUGCAAAAUGUUUUUAGUCAGAGGGAGAAAGGACUGAAAGGACACACUUCUAGUUUAACAUCUUGUGGGGUCCCACCAAUAAGGGUUUGGGAUUAUCAUUCGUGUAUUGCUGAAAUGGAAAAAUUAGUCACUAAAGUAUUACCAGAAAGGCUAAUUCAAGUUGGCGUGUAUAUCUCUGGUCCUCAAAUCCGAGUAUCACUGAGUAAGGACAGAUCGCACGGCGGGAUUACAAAUUUGCAUGAAGCAGUAGAUGAUUUAAAUCUUUUGUUUGAUUGUAAAAACAUUGAGCUCAUGAUGUCACCAAAUCUAGGAUCUGAUUUUACAUUUUUAAAUGAUGAAACAACAGAGCGCGUGCAUACGAAUGAAAUUUACAAGUGUCGAGGGCAACGAGUGCUUGAUGCCUCCUUGAAAGUUCAUGGUAUAAAUGCUUACCUUGAUGACUUACCUGAACUUCAACAAUCGCAGAUUAUAUCACUAAAGCCAAUAACGAUUCAACUUUCAACAGUAAGGAAGGAUACUUGGUCACUUGGUGAGAGUAUAAGUAUGUUUUCGGCACUUCUGCAUGGAAAUGCUUUAGGGCUCUCGGGUCUAAUAUAUGUUGAUGAGUUGUUUGUCUUAGUUGAGGCGGUUAAUGGUUUGAUGCUUUCUCUAUCACGUGCGUUUAAAACAGUUGACUCAUCAAGUUCGAUAACUUCUCAUCUUUCAAAUAUUCAAGAGACUUCGCAUAUUAGAUCCGAAAAUGAGAUGCUGGUGAGUACAAGUACCGGAAAAUCUUUGGUUGUUCAGAGCAAACUCUAUAUACUCAAAAUCUCUUCUGAAAUCCAGCCAAUGGAUUUAGUCAUUCAAAAGUCAAGGAAAGUCAAUGCCAUGGAGAAUGAAGUGACAAUCUCCGAAUCGUUUACGAACCAAAAUCUGUCUGUGCACUUCUUGCCUGAUAAUGGAAUUCAGAUAUCCUGUCAGAAAAUACAUAUGAAUUUAUCAUAUGAAAAGAAAAAAGGGAAAAUGGAAGGGCUUGCUGAGUUUUCCGGUUUACAAGCUGUUGUUUUCCGAUAUGCAAAUGAUGUCAUGCAUAGGUCUCACAAUAUAUGUGAAUUAUCAGUUUCUCAUUGCACAUUUGAUUUAUCUUUGACACAUCUUCCCAAUGAAUUAUCUUCUGGAAGUAAUGUUUCACACACGAUGGAAGAUCCUGUUUCGAAAAGUACUGUUUUAGAUGCGAGAAUAUCUUCCAGUGAGUUUUAUCUAAUUGGGUGUUCGUUAAAGGAUGUAAUAGUUGGAAAACAUCAGUCAAGUAAGCUUGAGAUGUCGCUUUCUGUUGUGCAAGGCUGUCAGACAACAGUGUCUUGCCAUUGUCAGGGUGGCAUUAUCUUCCUUGAAACCACCUCAACUUUGAUGCUCUCUCAAUUUGGAAACGCGUAUAUACGUCGCAUCAGACAUCUUUUACGUGGCAGACCAUCAUUGAAGGAGAACCCGUCAGCUGAAAAUAUCGUAAAUAUUACUACAUGGGGCAUUCCAGACGAUUUUACCAUGGAUCUCUCUCAAUUUUAUCUUGCCUUAUUUGCUAACGAUGAAUCAGGAAGACUUCAAGAACUUCUGUUUGGUGCUGACAUGAACUUAAACCUUAAAGUUAUCAACACGCGGAAAAAAAUGUCUUUUGGUGUUUCCCAACUGUCGAUUCUUUCUCGAGUUCUAAAACAAUCUAACAAACAUCAAAGCGGUGAAGUUCAGAUUCCUCAUACGUCUUCUAGCACAUCUAGUGAUCCAUCUCUUUAUUUGGUUCGACAAGAUGAGAUUCAAUCUGUAACAACUGAUGCGAGAACCUCCAGUUCGGAUUCCCAUCAAGGUUCUGAAAACUAUAUUUUAAAGAAACUAAGUUGUUUCCUAUCUGCUGAAGAGCCUGUACCACGGGACACAUCUGAUACGUUGAAAUCAAAUGAACCUUGGGUUGGCAGUGGUUCUAUUUCGGGUUUUGACGUUACAGUAUCCUUGCCUGAGAUUCAGAUGAUGCUUUCAGUUGUUGAACUUUCUGAGUUCUCCAGCAAAGAAACAAUUGCCAACGUGCAGCAAAGGCAAUUGUAUAAUGAUGAGGAACCUGCGAGAAGUUUCGAGGAGAUUGUCCAAGAUGGGAGUAUCGUUGCCAUCCAAGAUGUCGACCAGCAUAUGUAUGUUGUUGUAGAAGGUGGCGAAAGAAAGUACCAUUUGGCUGGUGCAAUGCAUUAUUCACUUGCUGGAGAGAUGGCUCUUUUCAGGGUGAAGUAUCAUUAUCAAAGAAUAUGGAAGUCAUCAUAUCUCUGGUUCUCAUUAACCUCAUUGUGCGCCAAGAAUGAAUCCGGCGAAUACCUGCAAUUAAAUUGUAAUACCAAAUCAAACUUUGUUGAGCUUUCGUGCUCCGGUAACAGUGGGCCAGCACUUUGGCGAUCACAGCCUUUCAAGUCGUCAAGUUUUGAAGACGAUGGUAACCUGGAGUCAUACAACAAUGCUGAAAAUAAUCUCUUUUACCUGAUAAACAAGAAGAACAAUUGUUCUGUAUCUUUCGUUGAAGGAGUUCUAGAGUUUGUAAGCAGUCCUGGAAAUCCGUUCAAGUGGAAAGUUUUUCAAGAUUUUUCUCUCGUCCGGGACCCGCCAUUACUGAAUAACUCAUCAGUGGAUGAAUCUACUUCACCGUUUAUUAAUGUCGUAGUGGAUAAAUUUUCUCUAACAAUAUAUCAUGAACUUUCUGAUACGACUGAAAAGUUUCCGCUUCUUCAAAUGUCAAUGGUUGCUCCUGAACUUAUCGUACAAAUUUUGAAUAGUAAAGCCAGGGUGAUGGCUAGACUUAUAGCUGAGCUAUACGCUUUUGAUGCCCAGAGAAACUUAUGGAGCACAUUUCUACAUCCAGUUGAAGUAAGCAUUUUCUGGCGAUCUAGGUUCCAAAGCGAUGCUUCAGGAACUGUUUUGCAUAGAAUGCCUGUUCAUUUUUAUACUAGAGUUAAAGAGUUCCGUGUAUCAAUGAUCGAGCUCUCACUGGACAUACUUCUGUUUGUGAUCGGAAAACUGAAUUUGGCUGGUCCUUAUGCAAUUCAAAGCUCUGUGAUUCUGGCAAACUGCUGCAAGGUUGAGAACCAGUCAGACCUUAUGCUUCUUUGUCAAUUUUCAGAUAAGCAGUAUGCUACAAUAGCCAGAAAACAGUCGACAACUAUGUUUUUAAGGAACUUGGCUUUAGAUCAGCCUCCAGAAGCAUCAAUUGUCUCGAUCCAACUUGCAGCAUCAGGGGAUUUUUAUACCUCACCAAUUAAGUUUUCACUCUUAAAAGCCGGAACAUUUGCUUGGAGGACACGUAUACUUUCUAAAAAAGAUUCGGAAACAUUCCCCGGGCCGUUAAUUAUUGUAGAAAUUACAUGGAAAUCUGAGGAUGGCUUGUCUAUAAUAGUCUCUCCUCUACUAAGAAUACACAACAGAACCGAUUUUCCCAUCGAGCUACGAUUUCAACGGCCUGAACAAGAAAACGAACAUGCUUCUGUAGUGCUUAAGGCCGGAGGUACAAUUGAUGAUUCUAUAGCAGCUUUUGAUGUCAUCAAAGCUUCUGGUGGAUCAAAGAAAGCAUUAAUAUCUUUAAGUGUUGGUGAUAUCAUAUUCUCUUUCAGACCUAAAAUUUCGGACGACUCAAUGGGAUGGUCUGAUGAACUAAAAGGAGGAAAAGCUGCUCAUUUAUCUGGAUUAUUUGAUAAAAUAAGUUACCAUGUACGGAAAGCGUUCCCGGUUGAAUCGGAAAAGUCAUCCUUCAGUACAGCUCGUACUCUUUUGAAAUCAAAAGAAGGUGAAAUCGAUGAUUUGCACUUUUUAAUCCAUAGCACUAAAAAAGACGUACCUAUUUUACAAUCAGAACAAAGGGCUUCAACCAUUUCACUAUUAGAGCAAAAAGAAAUCCAUAUUCUUCCCACUGUUCAGAUAUCUAACCUGUUAGAAUCAGAGAUACAAGUGGUGUUGAGUGAUAAAGAUCGGUCUUUACCAAAAAACCGUGAGAACAUGAGCAAGCAUGCAACCAUUCCUUGCGGGUCAAGUGUUAAUAUGUAUGCUAAUCCUGAAGCAAUGUUCUUUACGGUUACUUUGACAGCUUUUGGAUUAAGCUGCAAACCUGUAAAUUGUGGUGAUUGGGCUAAAAAAUUACUGAAGCAGAAGAAAGAUAACCGAAAUUUAGACAUGGAAUUAAACUUUGGUGACGGAAGAUAUUUUGGUUCUUUAAGGUUGUCUUGUGGGCAUAGGGGCAUAUUGGAGGCUGCUAUAUUUACACCAUACACGCUGAAGAACAACACUGAUUUUGAUUUAUUUUGUCUUGCACCUUACCAUAAUCCCCUAUCAAGAAAUGAAGCCGAGGAACUUCGUUCUCAAGGAUAUUCACAGUUAGGAGCUUUGCUGCCACCUAAGUCCACUAUAUCAUGGUUCCUUAGAACGAACAAAGUGUCCCUCAGAUUGUUGGAUGACAAAGCAACUGAAAAGGCGUUAUUAGACUUGGAUGCGGUAUCCGGACUUACAGAAAUAAACCUUGAAAUGGAAGAAAAGUUAGGGCUCAAAUAUAUUACGAAAUUAGGUGUUUCUUUAGACCCUUCUAUUGGGAAAGUUGUUCCAUCACAAGUAGUAUCUUUGAGUCCAAGAUAUGUGGUGCUGAAUGAAUCAGAUGAAGUAAUCACUAUCCGUCAGUGUAAUUUAGAGGAUGACAUGGAGGGGAUGACAACAGUCAGCAGUAAACAGAGAAAAGCUUUACGACUUUGCAACAAAACAAACAAAAAACGGGAAACCAGCAUCUUUGAGAACUUCAUAAGAAAGCAUAGAAAUAUUCAAGAUGAUUCUUUGCUGUAUAUUCAGUUUAGACCGAAUGAGGCUGGAUUAGGAUGGUCGGGGCCUGUUUGUGUUGCUUCAAUGGGGAGAUUUUUUAUAAAAUUCCGAAGAUCUAUAAACGUUUCUGAAACCGAAGAAAACACACAUGACUUUGCUGUUGUUAUUGUUUCCGAAGAGAAUUCAUCUCUUGUUUUACGGUUCCACAGGCCACCUAACAUGAAUUUUCCUUACAGAAUUGAGAAUUGUUUGCGUGAUGCAUCUAUUACUUACUAUCAAAAGGGUUCAACAGAACUAGAGACUUUGGGAUGUGAAAAACAAGUUAAUUACGUAUGGGAUGAUUUAUCACUUACUCACAAGCUAGUCAUCCAAAUAAGCGGUUUGCAUCUUCUACGUGAAGUGAACUUGGACAAAGUGCGGCCAUGGAAACCAUUCUAUAAAGUCGGGAAACAUAGAGUGUUAGGGUUUAAUUUCCCUCAAGAUAAGAAGGCAGAACAGAAGGUGAAACCGACAGGUUUUAGUCGACCAAACGAGACACAAAUGGUGAAUCUGGGUUAUGAAGUUUACGCAGAUGGUCUCACAAGAGUUGUUAGAAUUUGUGAACGUAGUGACAGCCGCAAAUUGGAUAAAGUAUUUAAUCCUGGUGCAAAAAUUACAGUACGAGUCUCCAGAUUUUCCAUCAGUUUAUGUGAACGUGCCAAACAGGAAGAAGUAUCAGAGCGGGCACUCGUCUACACGUCAAUAGUUGUUAUGCGACUUGGUAAUAUCAGCCUGGAUUCCAUGCUUACUGAUCAGCAAAAAGUUAAUCAAAUUAGGGUCCAGUCUAUGAGUGUGGAUCAAAAGUGGGUCGGAGCUCCAUUUGCAGCAAUGCUCCGGAGGCAUCAAAGUGGAUUUUCCGAUACGUGUGACAGCAUGCUCCGUAUAGUACUCAUUCUGCUUCCAUCCAGUUCAAAUAUCAGACAAGUAAAAUAUUCAUCCAUUGUUCUGCAGCCAGUUGACUUGAAUCUGGAUGAGGAAACCCUCAUGAAAAUCGUCCCGUUUUAUAGAAAAUCACUCAGUGACCCAAAUACUCCUAGUCGACAGUAUUACUUUGAUCAUUUUGAGAUUCAUCCAGUAAAGAUCAUAGCAAACUUCCUCCCAGGAGAUUCAUAUUCGAGCUAUAAUUCAACACAGGAGACACUCAGAACCUUGCUGCACAGUGUAAUAAAGGUUCCUGAAAUUAAAAGCAAGAAUGUAGAGCUGAAUGGUGUGCUAGUUACUCAUGCGUUAAUUACUCUAAGUGAACUUUCUAUUAAGUGUGCACAACAUUAUUCAUGGUAUGUGAUGCGAGCAAUCUAUAUCGCAAAAGGAAGUCCACUGCUUCCCCCGGCAUUUGCUUCAAUUUUUGAUGACUUGGCUUCUUCAUCCCUUGAUGUCUUUUUUGACCCUUCAAGCGCCUUGGUCAAACUUCCUGGUUUGACCAUAGGUACGUUUAAGCUCCUGAGUAAAUGCAUUGAUGGUAAAGGCUUCUCAGGGACCAAGCGUUACUUGGGUGAUUUAGGGAAAACCCUAAAAAACGCUGGAUCAAAUAUACUUUUCGCUGCUGUCACUGAGGUUUCAGAUGCAGUGCUGAAGGGAGCAGAAACCAAUGGGUUUAAUGGAAUGUUUAAUGGGUUUCAACAAGGAAUACUGAAAUUGGCAAUGGAGCCAUCUGUACUGGGGAGUGCUUUCACAGAAGGUGGGCCCGAUAGAAAAAUUAAACUCGAUCGUAAUCCGGGUGUUGAUGAGUUAUAUAUAGAAGGAUAUUUGCAAGCUAUGUUGGAUACAAUGUAUAAGCACGAAUAUCUCAGAGUGAGAGUGAUUGAUGAUCAGGUUGUACUGAAGAAUAUGCCACCAAACAGUGUGCUUAUAGAUGAAAUUAUGGACCACGUUAAGGGCUUCCUUGUGAGCAAAGGACUAUUGACAGGAGAGACGUCAUCCUAUUCAUUACGCCACCUUCGAGUACAAAAUGAAUGGAGAAUUGUUCCAACGGUUUUGACUUUAUGUGAGCACCUCUUUGUAAAUUUUGCAAUCGGGUGGUUGAGAAAGCAGGCGGGUGAUUUGAGUUCUAAAAUCAAAUGGGAUGAUAAGUUUAAGGUUGGUGCUAAAAAAGCCAUUACAAAACAGGAGACUAGGGUAUCUGUUUGGAAAUGGGGCGUUGGGCGGUUUGUGUUUGCAGGUAUAGUGGCUUACGUAGAUGGUAGGUUGUGCCGGUCUAUUCCUAAUCCUGUUGCUAGACGUAUCGUUAGUGGAUUUGUAUUGAGUUUCCUGGACAGAAACGAUGACAAUUGAGCAUAAUCGCUUGUUUUGUAUAUUGUGUGUAUAGUGGUUUAGAACUUACCGAGAAUGAAUCCUUUUUAAAGACGUUGCAGAGUAGGGGUAUAUGGGAGGAAAUGUUUACUCGUGGUUGA